CCCAGGAGUUUUUUGAAGCUCCCCCCACCACCCUAUACACCUAUACAGUCCCAAUGCGAGGACCUGAUCUACAAUAACACAAAACUCCCGAUUCGGAAAUUUAUCCCCCAGAUACCCUACUCUACUUCCCGAAUCCCAAAAUGUCACAAAACACAGACGGAGCUCCCCAAGGCUCAACUCCGCGCCCUCCAAACCCGUCUCACCUCCGAAUUGGAACAUCUGACCACCUCGCACACGAAGCUGCGCGCCGCCCAAGCCAAGUUCCGCGAUUGUGUGCGCUCAAUCAAUGAUGGCGUGACUGGGAAUGCGAAGAAGGGAACCGAUGGCCGCGAUGAGAUCCUCGUGCCCCUCACCAGUUCGCUGUACGUCAAGGGCCGAUUGACGGAUCGCGAAAAGGUGCUUGUUGAUGUCGGAACUGGAUUCUAUGUUGAGAAGACUGCGCCUAAGGCGGUUGCGUUCUAUGAUGAUAAGGUCAAGGGCCUGGAUGCGAACUUGCAGGAGUUGGAGAAGAUUGUACAGACCAAGAGCUCGCAACUGCGCAUUGUGGAAGAGACAUUGAGGCAGAAGAUGCUCUCAGAGGGUGCUCCUCAGGCUGCUGCGGGCUAA